AUGACACAAAAAUACAGGAGUAGAGCAAGAAAUUUGUUACACUUGGGAUCUACUCAAGCCAAUGAAAACUUUAACCAAAUGGUUUCUUCGAAAGCACCGAAGGCAAGGCAUUAUGGUGGAUCAAGCUCACUUAUGAAUAGAGUAUCUGCAACUGUCUUACAGAAAAAUGAAGGUCAUAGUUACUUGGCAAAGGAUCUGGAAUCAAUUCCUGAUCCUAUAAAACUUCAAAAUUUCAAUGAUUUUGUUACAUUUGACCUGGAGACAACUGGAUUUGGUUAUUGUGACAUUACACAAAUUGCUGCAUCAGUGGGAAGUAGCAAAUAUCAAAGCUAUGUCUAUCCAAGAUGUCAAAUAUCUGUGGAGGCAACAAAAGUCACUGGCAUGUCACAUUCCAUAGCAACAAAUAAGUUGUAUUUGCAUGGAAAAGAAGUACAAGGCAAAUGUAUUCGUACAGCCCUUCUUGACUUCAUUGAUUUUCUUAAAGAAAAAGAUCAGCCAAUACUUGUUGGGCACAAUAUUGCUAGCUUUGAUGUGCCAAUUCUUUCAAGGCUAUUGAAAGAAUUUGGGCUGCAUCGAGAGUUUGUCAGAAUUGUACCAGCAUAUAUUGACACAUUAAAGGUAGCAAGGAAGGUAUUUUCAAAAGAAGAGGUCAAUGGUUGUUACAAACAAUGCAACUUAGUUGAGGUAUACUUGAAUAUCAAAUAUGAUGCUCAUGUUGCAGUUGAAGAUGUUAAUUCCUUGCAGCAGCUUUUCACUGUGAAACUGAAGGACAAGUGUACUGAUGAAGAUGUGUAUAGUAUCACAUGUAAAUCCUGUAAAGAGUCAUACACAGAUGUAAUAAAAAAUAAAAUUGUCAGCAAAGUCAUUUGUGAAAAGCUCAGCAAGGAUGGUAUAGCACUACAACAUCUCCAGCUUGCAAACAGAAGAGACCCAAAUGGUUUAAGAGUGAUCUUAAGAGAACAUGGUGUUCCAUUUAAGAAAUGUGAAGAUUUGGCAAGGAAAAUCCAGGAAGAGUGA